CAGCCGGUCACACUUACGCGUAAACAAACAACGAAAAAAGAAUGUUCCAAUAAUGAAUUACGAACUAAUUUAAAAUCGCACCUAUAACGAUCGUAAAUAAUAUUCUAAAUAGCGGAAGAUCAUUUUCGGCCGGUGAAAAGUGCGAAAAGAGCCAAGUUUAUGUGCAAUAUAAUAAUGGAAUUUUCCGCUGUUGGCUGCAAAGCACCGAAAAAUUGAAUAAAAAAAAACCCGUUCACCCAAAAAAAGGGGCGGGGGGGCCGUGAGGGAGCCCAGCCAACACAGAGGGGCACGAGAAGGCGAACGGAGUGGGAGAAGGAGAAGCGAUAACAAGAACGACGCAAAGGUAGUUAACGAGCGUUGACAAGGGAGCGAAAGAGAGGUGGCCUAACGAGCCUGCAGAUUUCAGAUUCCAAACCAGAGAUCUGCAUAAUGCUGGGACGCUGGGGACCCAAGAUGCCACGCCCCCUUAAACACAGAAGCGACCAAAAGUCGCACCUGCCAAAGUUCCUGGUGAUGGUUGUGGUACUUCCCAUUUUGGUCAGCGGAUCCCAUCCGAGUUCCAGUUCUCCGCCAGAAAUUCCACCCUUCCGCCAGUGCGAGACUAUACGGAUCGAGAUGUGCCGGAAGAUCGGCUACAACGAGACCUCCAUGCCCAAUCUGGUGGGCCACGACAUGCAGACGGACGUGGAGAUCACCCUGCAGUCCUUUACCCCGCUGAUCGAGUACGACUGCAGCUCCCAGCUGAAGCUCUUCCUGUGCGCCGCCUACGUGCCCAUGUGCACGCCCAAGGCGCCUGUCCACGCCAUCGGUCCCUGUCGCAGCCUGUGCGAGUCCGUGCAGCUACGCUGCCAUCCUGUACUCCAGGGCUUUGGCUUUCCCUGGCCACCGGCCCUCGACUGCAUGCGCUUCCCCAAGGAGAACAACCACGAGACCAUGUGCAUGGAGGGCCCCGGGGAGAUGCACCAGCCGCAGCAGGAGCAGGACCCACCUGAAGGUGGCAUGGUGGGAGGCAUGGGAAUGGGAAUGGGCGAUUGCUCCGGCCUGGCCAAGUCCCAUUUGUACGUGAAGCUGCCUCGGUCCGGCCGGUGUGCUCCGCUCUGCGAGGCGGACAUCCUGUUCACCCCAUCGGAGAAGCACCUGGCCGAGAUUUGGGUCUCCACCUGGGCGUAUGCUGCCCUCGGCCUGGCCCUCGUAUCCACCGUCUGUCUCGUGGCCAGCGAUGGCACUCGGUGGUCUCGUUUGCUGUCGCCGCUCAUCUGGUGCCACAACAUGGUCACGCUGGGCUGGACGGUGCGUUUUGUGGUGGGCAGGACGGCCACGGCUUGCGGCACGGAUCCCCAGGCGCCCAACGACUCCCUGCUCACGGUCGAUGGACUCUCGAACGCCUCCUGUGCGAGUGUCUUCCUAAUGCGCUACUACUUUGGCAUGGCAGCCUGUGCCUGGUGGGCAGUGCUCUGCCUGGGCUGGCACCGGGACAUCCGCCGGCACAGUCCCGACUCCAAGGGCCAUGUGGCCAUACCCUCGCCCGCCAAAAGGAGCAGCGCCGCCAAGAACGCCCAGCAGGAACUGGCGCAGAACAACUUUGUGUGCUUUGUGGCCUGGGGACUGCCCGCCUUCCAAACGGCAGCUGUGUUGGUCUUCCGCUACGUGGACGCUGAUGAGCUGCUGGGUGCCUGUUUUGUGGGCAACCAGUCGGAUAAGGCUCUGCAGGUGCUGGUGGCCACACCAGUCUUCUGCUACUGGAUCUUUGGAUCCAUGAACCUUAUAUCCGGGUACUUGGUCCACUGCCGCACCAAGGAGAUACUGAGGAACAGCAACACGUUGACUCUCCAGCAGCAGCUCCAGCAACUGAGUGCCCACAGCAGCUCGGGCAUAGGGAUCUUCCUGUUCAUCUACGGCCUGGCCUGCGCGCUCCUCCUGCUGGCGGUCAUUUACGAGUUUGCCAACAUCGAUGUCUGGCUGGGAUCGGGCGAUACGGGUGGCACACCGCUGUGGCCGUUUCUGGUGCGCGCCUUCAUGGAGCUAAUGCUGGGCAUUUGCUGCUUCGCUUGGGUCCUGGGGCCCAGCAUCUCGACGCUUUACAAGCGCCAGGUGGGCAACGGCCGGACGAAGCCAGGCUCAGCCAUGGGAGGCACUAGCUCCGUGGGCGCAGCCCUAGAUGGCCACAGCAGCUCGCGAGGAUCGCAUGCAGCCUGUAACAGCACAGUAGUGUCGUAUCAUUCAGUGCGCCCCUCCAUGGCCAGUGCUCCCAUGCCCCCGAGUCCCUACAAGCUGAAAAGUUCCCCGGGAGCUGGAUCCAUCUCCCUGAACCAGAUGUCCAACUACUCCCUGGGCCGGAGCACCCACCACCACAACCAGCCACAGCAGCAGCAGCAUCUCCAUCUACCCAAUCCGUAUCACACCCAGUCGCACCAUCAUCACCAUCACCACCACCCGCAUCACCAGCAGCACCACCACCCACACCAGUCAUCGUCCUCGCAUCGCCUGUACUAUCCACCCGGUAGCUACAGCUCCCAGAAGUAUUAUCCCCACUUGCAGCACUACGGCGACGAGACGCUGCUCUAGGUUGGGUCAUUUCCAAGCAACUGAAGGAGCUCCGGCUCCAGCCAGUCACCAGUCAAUGUUCCUGCAGCAGCUGUGCUGCGCCCAAGUCAGCCACGAUCGAGUACUGUACUUACUAACCACUAGGGUGGCUAUCCAGAGGGAGAACCUGCAAAAACCCAUCUAUGUACUGUGUAUAUAACCCAUCUAUGUAAUUGUGUUAGCUAGAAAGUUCCAUCCCAGGAAGUGCCCCCUCCCACCCCCCCUCCAGACUAAUUGUAAUUGUAAGCGGAGCCGCAAUGGCCCAGAUCGUAUUGUAUUUUCGUGUGUACUUAAUGUUUGCUCCUAAUUAGUUGCCCUUGCGUUGCCUUUUUAGCCGUUUUGGUGUAACCAAAUCCGAUAAUCGCUCUUGCCCUAUAUUGCGUAUAGCAUUUUUUCGAUAUCUUACCAUAUAUACUAUAAUAGAAUAUAUAUAUUUUUCGAGAGAAUACGACAGAGUAAUACGCAGCAACCAAAUACUGUGAUACGCAUAAUCAUUUCUUUAAGGAGCCCCAGUCCUCCCCUCCCCCUAGAGCCUUUGCCAACUUUUCUAGCCUGUCUUAAUUAUUAACCGAAAAA